AUGAAUCCAAAAGCUCCGGAGCCGCCCAAGGAAGCGGCGGCGGAGGCAAACCCUGAACCUCAGCAACUGAAAACUGUAUCCGCACCGCUGAUGCCCAUUUCAGAACCCGUGUUGGAAACGCAGAUAUCGGCGCCUUCAUACUUUCACUCCUUGGCUGAAAACGACUUGCCACCUUUCAGGAUACCUGUGAAAGAAGCUAGACCAAAGAUCUUAUUGGUGGUGGACCCUCUGGUCAGCGAAGAAGACGUGGUGGAAAUGAUUGCGUCCACAGACGAAGACCCUGUCAAUGGAAUGAAGACAUUUUUAGGACCCUUUCUAGUCAGAAAGCAGGUGAUAAAAAACUUCGACCUGACCGAACGGGACUUCUUGAUCAAACUGCUAACAGAAACGGUAGACUAUGCAGCCCAGCGCGACUUCAACGAGCACAAACUGUCAUGUCUCAUCACCAUAUACCUGACCACACACAUGUAUUUCAAGUGGUUCUACUGGGCCGCCCCUAGACGAGUGUGGGAUUACUUCAAAGAGCUGAUGAUUAGACAUACUAUUGAGGACUCUCCUGACGGCGAGGAGGUGUUCGAGCCGGACGAAUGCUACGAUAUAGUGACGCACUUCCACACCAUGUACAUAACCAAUCUGCCGCUCGUGCACAUCGCUACAUUCGGCGCGCAUCGCGUCAAACUUAGCUGGCCCUUCAUGCCCGUUAAGAAUAAAUAGAUUUAUCUACUAUAACCACAGAACAGAAGAAAGAAGUUGGAAAGGCCCUAACACGCAUUUUGUUUGAGAACCGCUGUCGUCGGUUCAACCCUCCUUUUAAUACUACUCAUUAGUCCUCCUUAUAAUUAGUUUACGAAAGAUACUGCAUACAAAAGUAUGUUUGUGAUAAAUAGCCGAUCAUACUAAGGUUUUUAGCUUCCCUGUGUAUGUGUGUGUGUGAGGGAUCUCCUUGCCUGAUAGUCGAUAUUAGAUUUUUGAUAUUCGAUAUUAAUGCACAAGAACUAUUACAGA